AUGAGAUUUACAAUUUACACACUUUUCGCUUUAUUUUUUAUUGCUAUUAAUUGCAACAAACUACAAAAACAAGAUGGACCAGCUAUGGAUUUUACUUUAGAAAUUUUAAAAAAAUUAACAGUUGAUGGAAUACAUCAUCUUUUAAAAACUGGAAAAAAUGGUGAUGAUAAUUCAGCAACAGGUAAUUUGUUAGGAGCUUUAAAAUUGUUUGGUAAUGAAGGAAAACAUAUAAAGGAAAAAAUAGAAAAAAAAACAGAUAAAACUUCAUCAACUGAUAAACUUCCUCAUAAAUCUGUUGAGAUAUUAAAAAAAAUUGAAUCAAUAAAACAAAAAGGUGGUAGUGAUAACGAACAAAAAAAACAAAUUGAAAAAAUUAUUAAAAAUCCUGAAAACUCUGUUCCUGUUGAAUUAAUUACAAAACUUGUUGAAAAAGUUUUAGGAAUAUAA